CUGUGAUUUCUACUUUACUAACAUUAUCUUUCCUGUAGUUGAUAGUUGAUGUGUAGCCAGAACACGGGACCGCCUUCCAACUCAAUAUAGUUAUUCACAUCAAAUCAGUGUAUAUAAUAAUACAUAGAUAUUUUUACGUGUGUUUUAUUUUGCUCACUGAUCUGCAAUGUUCAGCUUCAGUGAAGAAAAUAAAAUCCUCUAUUUGAUUAUUUUACUGUUCUGUUGAGUGUGAAAGCAGUCCCGAGUUGGUCAUCAGUGUGAGUGGGUUUGUCAGUGAAUGUUCAGUACACAUCCCUCAUUUUCUCUCUAUCUUAUAAAUGUUAUUUCACAGAGUUCCAUACACACUGUUGGUUUGUUUUCACACUUCUUUUUUAAAACAAACUCUCCUUCGACUUGAUGAAAUGGGUUCAAAUCUACAAACAAAUCCUCAAACAACACCAAGCACCUCUGGUCGAUUUUCUCUUCAUCAUAAACCUCUAGUUUUAAGCAUAUGUAGUUUUUUCCCCUGCAGACAACACGAACCUCAGCAGAUUCCCUUCAGACUGAAAUUAUGCACAAAAUUCACAUAGCAGGUAGAUUUGUGUGGUUUCGGGGGUUAAUUUCUUUAAAUUAGGUUUCUUUUAAAUGGCCAUUCCUCUGAACACAUGCAGGAUUUAUUAUAGUUUUAGUUUUCUGCAGAAUUUCUUGUUAAAGGAUUUAAUUGUAGAAAAAAAGUGUUCAUACAAUCACAUGUAGACGGUCACACAAGCUGAUUUUAUGGACUGUGUGUUUUACACAAACAGGUAUGUAAAUGUUUGUCCUAAUAACUGUCCUGUAACACACACUAGUUGUUUUCUCACAAUUUAAGGCUCAAUAUUUAGGAUUUUAAUAAAACAGUUUUUGCUUUUAAGCUCAAGUUUUAUGCAGAUGUUGAAUUUAAAACAAAGGCAUUCUAAAUAAAAAUUUUGUGAAGAAAUGUAAAUAUUGUGUAUGCAUCGGUUUUAGAGUUCGUUACCUACACGUACACACACUCUGGCCCCGUAUGUAAAUUGUCCUGAUGCUGGAUGUGUUAGAGUACUGAAAUAAUUAAGAGUUGUGAGGUUAAUUUUCUGUAAAUCUGAACAGGUUAGGGGAGUUUGUGUGUGUGUGUGUGUGUGUGUGUGUGUGUAGGUGUGUGUGUGUGUGUGUGUGUGUGUGUGUGUGUGUGUGUGUGUGUGUGUAGGUGGGCUGUGGUUGAUAAACUGGCAGCUCAAUGUUUAUGGAAUGUGGGAAAUUAAAGUGACACAGCUUCAUUUCCUCCAGCUCACAUAUCAGCGUUCUGACUGGGAGAAAGAAAGUCAUGACUGGUAUUGUUUCGAGUGUCAUCUCCCAGGAGAUGUGCUGGAGUGCGACAUCUGCUUUCGUGUCUAUCACCUCCGCUGUCUCACUGACGAGUUUCGGCCCAGAGACACUACAUCUCACUGGCAAUGUGCUGUUUGCCGGGGCAGUAAAAGGAGGAACUUUACUAAACAAGAAAUGAUCGUAUAUCUGAGGUUCAUCCUUGCACGUAUGAAAGAAAGGGCCAUCGACUUGCACAAAAGAGGCAAAGAGACAAAGCAGGCUGUGUACCGGAGGCUGAUCCACACAGCGCUGGAUGUAGAUAACAUUCAGGAGAACAUUUCUGAGGGCAAGUACAAAAACUUUGAGGAGUUUAAAGCAGACGCUCAGCUGAUUGUCCACAACACAGCGAUUCUGCAUGGAGCACGUAGUGAUCAGACUGAAAUCGCCAGACUUCUUUACAACGACACAUGCCAUGAGUUAAAUGAGUUGAUGCUGUGCAGAAACUGUUUCCAUCUAUCUAACGCUCGGCCUGAUAACUGGUUCUGUUAUCCCUGUGUUCCCAGUCAUGAGCUUGUGUGGGCUAGAAUGAAGGGUUUUGGUUACUGGCCUGCUAAAGUGAUGCAGCGAGAAGGGAACCAGGUUGAUGUUCGCUUCUUUGGACAUCAGCACCAGAGAGCCUGGAUCCCUUCAGACAACAUCCAGGAGAUUUCAGUGAAUGUACAGCAGCUUCAGGUGAAGCGCAGUAGUGGUUGGAAGAAGGCAUGUGAGGAACUCGAGCAGCACCAGCGCUUCCUCCGUGAGGGACGAACAUGGAAGGGCCAAACAGAUGAGCGGCAAGAUGAGGCAGAGUCCAGCAUCUCCUCCACCAGCAACGAGCAGUCAAAGAGCAGUCAGGAGCCGAAAAGUAAAAAGAGUCGCCGUUCACAACCACAAGAAUCCAAAGAGGAGCAGGAGCCUGAGCCUGAGGUUGAAGCAGUGAGUUCGAGUCAGGAGAUUCCCACUGCAACUCCUCACCAGCCUGAGCGCAUGUCUGUCUCCACCCAAACCAAAAAGUCUCCUUCAUCAUCAUCCUCUCCCGCUCCCCGCAUGUUGCACCGCGCAACACAGACGCUUAAUGAGGGCAGCUGUCAAAACAUGUGCCAUGACAAGUACACUAAAAUCUUUAGUGACGUCAAGGAGAUGAUGAAGGCUGAAAACAAGCGUGAGACCGAGCGAGUGCUGAAGGAGGCACUGGACAAGUUGAGGGUGGAGAUGGAGGAGGAAAAAAGGCAGGCAGUGAGUAAAGCAUUGACGAGCACACAGGCAGAGAUGGAGCGCAAAUGUAAGCAGGUGAAGGAGAAGUGUAAAGAGGAGCUGAUGGAGGAGAUGAAGAAGCUGGUAAACCAACAUAAGCAGGUCAUCUCUCAGACCAAGAAAAAGCAGUGGUGUUAUAACUGUGAGGAAGAGGCGAUGUACCACUGCUGCUGGAACACGUCGUAUUGCUCCAUCAAGUGUCAGCAGGAACACUGGCAUGCGGAUCACAAACGCACCUGUCGCAGGAAGAGAUGAGCUGCAGCCAAUCGCAACGCCCCUUUUAGCUCCACUCAUCUACAUGCCACGUUGUUGGAAGAUUUCCGGUCAACCCAAGUUUUAAACACUUGACUAUUUUCUCAGUGAACCUGAGGCGUAAGAUGGCGAGAAACAUUUUUACCUUUUUAUUUUAUUAUAUUUUAUGUAAAUCCUUUAUUUGCUGUAAAAUGAAAAGAGCCUUGCUUGCCUACAAACUAACUUAAAUGUGAAGUAAUAACCUUUUUAAAUGCGUGAUUCUGAAUCACUUGCUGUGUAGAUAUUUGACUUUUCUAUAUGCGGACGGUGUUUUGCCUCCUGUGUUGAUGGGCAUCAGUGUUUACUGAGUUUAUUUUUAGGGAUUUUGUUGGUUGUGAUGCAUCGCGUUUUGGGAACAGGGUUGAAGAUGGCAGAUGUCUGUCAGGAAAAAAUACAAUCUUCCAUUUCUGAAUAUGCACAUUUUAUGUUACACAUUAAUAUAGAAAAAUUAACUUCUAAUGAGACCAGAUUAUAUAUAUGUGCUAAUUUUGGGCUCAUGCUCCAAAAAUAAAAUGUUGAGUUGAACCUUUGUGAAAUGUUAGUGUGUGAAACACAUCCUGAUCUUCACGUUUCUGUGUUUCACACUUCACUGCAUCCUGAUGUUACCUACAUUAGUUACAGAUGGAAAGGAAUUUCAAAUUUCAUCAUGUUUCAUUUGUAAAGGUUCAGAAGUGAGCGGAACCAAAUCAGCAUAAAUUCUACAUUUAACAUGGAAUUGAAUCAAAACUGUUAACAUUUCUGCAAGAGAAAAUAAUGGUCAGUUUAUUCAAGUGCUGAGGUUGAGAGGCUGAUGUAGAAUCAGCUGAAUGAUGGGAAUCUGAGAUCAAUUAUUCAUCUUUAGUGUAUAACUCAUGUGUUUAAUGCAUUUGAGGCUUUUCUGCUCUUCCUCUCUGUUCUUCACUGUUGCACUACGUGUAAAUAAACAUCUGCCGCUAAACGUGACUGUUUUAAGAUUUGCACGUCAGCAGCAUUAUGUACAUUUCAUGAAUGCAUUAACUGUAUUUGAUUUAGUCAAAAACUUAACAAAGAAUUAUUUGUAAUUCUGGGAAAAUAUCUCAUUCCAGUGCGCAUGAAAUCUUGCUUGUGUUACUCUCUGCUUCUCAUUUUUCUCUUCACUGCUGAAUUUCUGCAGUGAAUUUGACAUUUUUUCUCUUUUUUUGGUUUUAAACGAAUCUUGACUUCAUUUUGUAAUUGCAGAUUUUUUUGUAUUGUGGGCAACAUAAUGAUUACUGAAAGUACGACCGAGUCCGAGCCUGGUGUUUCCUUUCAGUUGUGCGUUUGGAGUCAUGUGGUGUAAAAGUCUUGCCCCUUCCUGGAUGUCUGUAUUAAGACAUUCACUCUGUAACAGUAACUCUGUAUAAUAAACAAUAAACAUAUCAAACACCUUUAAA